AUAAUAUACGGGCUUGGUGGUGGUGGCAAUCACCUACACACUUUGGUUCUCGGAGAAGAUCGCAAGACCAGGUAAAAAGUCAAUAAGCACGGUAAUGCAAGGGGGGAUGUUCCCUUUUGCCAAAGAAAACCGGUUUAAGGAGUAGUUUAGCGGCAGCACCUUUUAUGUUGCCUAUUUUUUUUCUGAGCCUGGGCCCCCCUUUAUAAAUGAUCCUAGCUUUUUGACAGCCCUCAUGUCCCCUACCCCGAGCCUAUUCCUUUUGUUGUUGCUGAUUCAAACUGAAUGGCGGGCGAGAUUCAGGACGCCUCUAGUCGCCGCUCUUCGUUGUUCAAUGCCAUUGUGACCCGUCAAGCUCCUCCUCCUCCCCCUCCACUGCCUACUAAUGCCGAUGCCGCAACUCUCAAGAUUGAUUUGGAGCAGGAACCCAAGCGGUAUUAUCCUGGCCAAUCUGUUCGUGGGCACUUGACCAUCAAGGUCCAAGAGUCCAUUGGAGUACAAUACAUUCGCAUCGCGGCUGUCGGAGGUCUAAAGCUGCGUUCAACUAGUAAACGAGAGAGUAACGACUACCAGUUUACGCACGACUUGAUCAUUUUAAAUUCUGGUGUACGGGUAACAAGACAAGCAGGGGUUAAAAAGGAUCGUAUCCCAGGACGUACCAAACGAGAUCGAUGGCACAUGGUAUACGACCGAACGACACUACCUUCCAGAAGUGGGCGAUAUGACAAUACGGAUGGAGAGGACGAUGAGGACGACGAUGGUAUGGAAACCAGUAGUCGAGGCAGUCGGCACGAUUCCAAGUACGCAUCUAUUUCAUCUUACUCGUCUUCUGUGGAAUCGUUCUUCACCCUCGACAGCCGAAGUCACGACAUCGCUUUCUCAAUACCCAUACCACGUAGUAAUGUGAUCCCCCCUUCAUACACCAACGACCAAUUUAAUAUUCAAUACAGCGUGAUUGCGACUUUGCACUAUGAAACCAUGGAAUCAACCAGUAUUCAUGUUGUCAACUGUUACCAACCACUUCAACUAUCGUCUUUGACCCCUAUCUUCACUCCUUUGUACAAUACUCCACUGAUAGCUGUGUCGCGGCGAGCUCCCGUCACACAACCCACCUCCAAGUACAAAUCGCUUCUGUCAUCCACUGGCUGGAUCGAAGCCUCCGCGUUCGUUCCCCGGCGAGCAUUUCUUCCGGGCGAUAGCAUUCCAUUAGGAAUUCGCAUUAUUAACUGUUCUGAUUUUCGUCCUGGUCGAGCCACGGUGGACGUCACGCUAACACGCAACAUUGUCAUCUCGGCAGGCAAAGAGAGCAAAAAGAAAAUCAAUGGUUUGGUCGGUGUGUUCGAAGGCAUCUCUGGACAAGAUCGCGAGUUACAACUAGAUAUGGACUCUCUCCUCUCGGUACCAGCCGAAUCUAUUUCCACUAUAUUUGCUGAUAUGACUCAAAACUUGCUAGAGGUCGUCUACAAAGUUCAUAUCAAGGUAUCGCUUAUUGGGACCAUCAAGACUUCAAAGCCAAUGCUAUGCUUCAACUCGAGAAAGCAAACGGAGCAUUGCGAACAUAUUGGCGUCAUUGAAUUUCCUAUCGUGAUUGGGACGUUAUCCAAGUGUGCCUCCCAGGGCCGUGAUUCCCAAGAGGUGAACCUGAAAAAAGCUGGUAUGUAAUUUGUCGGAACAAGAUAUAAUUAUUUUUUUUUGAAAGUUUGGGAGUACAGUCAUCGACGAUAUAAAAUAAAAACCCUAGCCAAAGCUUCAAACUUC